AACGGGUCAUGCUUUGGGCAGCAGUGCCAGAAGUCGUCCAGUCACUCAAAUUUGCACUCUGUGGAGUAAGUGGCUAUCGAAAUAUCUAUCGAUUGUCGCUACUCAUAUAAUGCAUUUUGUAAUGCGGACAAAAACCAAUGAUUUGCAAGAGAUCUAAAAACGACGUAUAAGCUAUUGAGUAUCACUAACAGAUUUCUGGACAGUAAUAAUGGAAGAUGUGACAGGCGCUCAGCUCAUUGCUGAGGCACUAAAAGCUCAGAAUGUAGAAUAUAUGUUUGGAAUAGUUGGUGUUCCAGUCAUUGAAGUGGCUAUGGCAGCUCAAGCCUCAGGAAUCAAGUAUGUGGGAAUGCGCAAUGAACAAGCCGCUUGCUAUGCUGCGUCUGCUGUUGGUUACCUCACUGGACGUCCAGGGGCGUGUCUGGUUGUGUCUGGACCGGGACUCAUUCAUGCUCUUGGUGGAAUGGCCAACGCUAACAUGAACUGCUGGCCUGUGAUUGUUAUUGGAGGCUCCUCCGAUCAAAACCAGGAGACCACUGGGGCGUUUCAAGAGUUUCCACAGGUGGAGGCGUGCCGACUGUACAGUAAGUUCUCAGCUCGGCCCAGCAGUCUGGAUAUGAUCUCCUCAGUGGUAGAGAAGGCAGUACGCACUAGCAUGUAUGGACGUCCCGGUGCUGUAUACGUAGACAUAUCUGGGGACAUGGUCAAUGCUAAAGUGGACAGGAGCAGAGUCAGAGAGGUGCCCUGUUGUCCACCUCCUCCAGUGAGUAUGGCUGACCAUAUGGCGAUCACAGAAGCACUGGAUGUUCUAAAAGGAGCCAAACGGCCUUUACUUAUCAUUGGGAAAGGUGCAGCCCAUGGAAGAGCAGAGGGGGCUCUGAGGGAGCUGGUGGAGGGGUGUGGCCUGCCCUUCCUGCCCACCCCCAUGGGUAAAGGGGUGCUGCCUGAUGACCACCCCAACUGUGUUGCUGCUGCCCGCUCCAGAGCUCUGCUCCAGUCUGAUGUUGUGGUCCUACUUGGUGCCAGGCUCAACUGGAUCCUGCACUUUGGCCUUCCCCCCAGGUUUGACCCCCAUGUAAAGGUCAUCCAGGUUGAUCUAUGUGCAGAGGAGAUGGGGAACAACAUGCAACCUGCUGCGGCUCUCCUAGGGGAUGUCAAUGCUAUUGUCAAGCAGCUCCUAGAGUAUGUUCAUAAAGAUGGCUGGAAGUAUCCAGCUGAUACAGAAUGGUGGACCACAUUGAAAGAGAAGAUGGCUGCUAACGCAACAAUGACAAAGGCAUUAGCUCUUCAGUCAACAACACCCAUGAACUACUACCAAGUGUUCCACCACAUCUCCCAGCUGCUGCCCCACGACUGUGUCAUCGUGAGUGAGGGGGCCAACACCAUGGACAUUGGGCGUACCAUGUUGAACAACUACCUUCCUCGACACAGGUUGGAUGCUGGCACCUUUGGGACGAUGGGGGUGGGUCUGGGCUUUGCCAUCGCGGCUGCAACAGUGCAGAGGAACCAGAACACAGGCCAGAGGGUGGUGUGUGUGGAGGGGGACAGUGCCUUUGGAUUCUCUGGGAUGGAGGUAGAGACCAUGUGCAGGUAUAAACUCCCGGUGGUCAUCAUCGUGGUCAACAACAACGGGAUCUACAGCGGCGUGGAUGCAGAGACGUGGGAAAUGAUGGGGAAGAUGGGAGAUCUCACCACUGUAGCCCCCCCUGUGACCCUGCUGCCUGAAGCCCGCUAUGAUGAGGUCAUGAACGCCUUCGGAGGACGAGGGUUCCUGGUGCGGACAGAGGAGGAGCUGCGUAGUGCCUUACAGCUCAGCCUCAGUGACUGGGAGAGACCUAGUCUCCUCAACGUCCUCAUAGACCCCUCCUCAGACAGGAAGCAACAGGAGUUUCCAUGGCUAACUCGCUCCAACCUGUAGGCCAGUGAGGAAGACCUGCUUCCUUCUGCCACCUGAUGGACAAAUUGGGUACAUCCCAAAUGGCAACCUCUUCUCUAUAAGUUUCAUUCUCUAUGGGCCCUGGUUAAAAGUAGUGCACUAAAUAGGGAAUAUGGUGCCAUUUGGUAUGCAGCCCUUGUCAGUGAAGUUUCUCUCUAUAACGUGGUGUUUGGAGACAAUGACAGCUCCUCUCUCGACCAUGAGAAGGCUGCAUGUGUUUUUGUAUCUAAAAAAUAAUCAUGUUUCUAUGAAAUGUUUUAAUCAAGUCACAUUUACUACACGGUAGUAUUACAUUUUCGAUUUUGGAAAUUUAUACCAUGAUUAAGAUGUAGAUUUGUGAGAAAAUGUCAGGUAUAAUAUUUGUCUUUGGCUGGUUUACUAUAUUUGUACAAGUGUCCUUGAUAAUAAACUUAGUUGCAGACAAACUGAAA